AUCCACUACCCAGGCUCCCCCCCAAUUUCACAACCCUCUCUCUCUUUCUCACUCGCUUUCCUUUCCCAAACCCUAACGUUCCAAUUUGUAACCCAAUAUCAAAUCAAAAAAUCCAGAUCUUGAAGUCCAUUUUCUCACAUAUCAACGGCCAAGAUCCAACCCUGCUCCGGCCAUAUCAACACUACAGCAUCAGCUUCGACUGAGUUUCAAAAUAUGGCUUCCCGCAACCAGAACCGACCUCCUCGCAGCCCCUCCACUAGGAAGGAAAUUGGAGAUGAAAACCCGUUAGAUAAACGAAGAAGGGUUGGAGCAGUAGGAAGAGGAGUGGGACUCACAGGAACCGGGCGAACCAGACAAGCUUUUGCCGUUGUUAACAACCGGCAAGACGUUACAACCACAGCCAAUGCCGAUGCUGGAAACGCUGAGGAAUGCCCUAAUCAUGAGUUCACCAAGGAAGAAGUCGAAGCGUUAUUGAACGAGAAGCCGAAAGCAAAAAAGUUCGAUCUCAAGGCUAAAUAUGAACACGCGGCGGAUCAUAAUAAAAGGCUUAAGCUUUGUGUGAAAUGGUUUCAACAAUGUGAUGAGAGUCAUGUGCUUGAUAAAGAGAAGCUUAAGAAUUCAUUGGAAUCUGCUGAGAAAAAAUGCAUUGAUACAGAGCUGGAGAAGAAAAACAAGGAGGAAGAAUUGAAUGCGGUUAUUUCACAGUUAAGGGACAGUAAUGCGUCAUUACAGGAGAAGCUUUCCAAGGAAGUGUCUGAAAAGUUGGAUGCUAUUGACCGCCAUAGAAAUGAAAAUGAAGCUAGGGUUGCUGCUGAAAAGUCAGUGGCUACUCUGACAGAGGAGCUUGAAAAAGCUCAGCAGGAUAUAGCAGCUGCUAAUGAGAGGGCUGCCUCGCUUGACAAUACACAUAAGCGAUUACAAGAGUACAUCCUGAGUCUCCAACAGUACAAUUCCAAAUUAAUCACUGACCUUGAAACAGUCCGGGAGUCGCUCAAACGAGUAGAAAAGGAGAAACUGACAAUAGUGGAGAAUCUUAGCACUUUAAGGGGCCACUGCAGUUCACUGCAAGAACAAUUAACCUUGUCAAGAGCUUCACAAGAUGAUGCUGUUAAUCAAAAGGAAACAUUAGUAAAUGAAGUCAAAUGCCUACGAGGGGAACUGCAACAAGUGCGGGAUGAUCGUGAUCGCCAGGUGUCACAAGUGCAGGCCUUAUCUGCUGAAAUUGUGAAGUUCAAAGAAAGUACUGGGAAGUCCUUUGCAGAGUUAGAUAACUUGACAAUGAAAUCAAAGUCCUUGGAGGAGACAUGCUCUUCCCAGAGGGAGCAAAUGAGAAUACUGGAGCUUCAGCUUGCUGCUGCUAAUGAGAAAUUAAAGAUGGCUGAUUUAUCAGCUUCAGAAACACGGAUGGAAUAUUUAGAACAAAAAAGAACCAUGCAAGAACUACAAGAUCGAUUGGCAGAUAUGGAGCAUAAACUUAUUGAAGGAGAGAAUUUAAGGAAAAAGUUGCACAAUACUAUUCUGGAACUAAAAGGGAACAUACGAGUAUUUUGUCGGGUACGUCCUCUACUACCGGAUGAUGGUGCAGCGACAGAAGGUGCAGUCGUCUCUUAUCCUACAUCAACGGAAUCUCUUGGCCGUGGCAUCGACUUGAUACAAAGUGGACAAAAAUAUCCUUUCACAUUUGACAAGGUUUUCAAUCAUGAAGCUUCACAGCAAGAUGUUUUUGUGGAGAUAUCCCAAUUGGUACAGAGUGCCCUUGAUGGAUAUAAGGUUUGCAUAUUUGCUUAUGGACAGACAGGUUCAGGUAAGACUUACACCAUGAUGGGAAGGCCAGAAGCCCCAGAACAAAAAGGGUUGAUACCGCGUUCAUUGGAACAGAUAUUCCAAAGUAGUCAGUCACUACAAGCACAGGGGUGGAAAUACAAAAUGCAGGCUUCAAUGUUGGAAAUAUACAAUGAAACCAUCCGUGAUUUGUUAUCAACAAAUCGAUCAAUUUGUUCAGAUCCAACACGCCCAGAGAGUGCAGUUUCUGGAAAGCAAUACACCAUUAAACAUGAUGCAAAUGGUAAUACACAUGUCAGUGACCUGACCAUUGUUGAUGUUAGUAGCAUAGCUGAGAUUUCCUCACUUUUACGCCAGGCUGCUCAAAGCAGGUCUGUGGGGAGGACGCAUAUGAAUGAGCAAUCGUCAAGAAGUCACAUGGUUUUCACAUUAAGGAUAUCAGGGGUGAACGAGGUAAAGAUCCUUCCUUUGAUUGCCUUCACAUUGAAUCUCUUCAUAAGCCCUCUUUCCUCUGUAACACUGACAUUUCCUUUUCCUUUUCUCUGUUAGGGCACUGAGCCACAAGUGGCAGGGUGUCUUGAACCUCAUUGAUGUGGCAGGAAGUGAGCCGACU